UUAGGUCCGAGUUGUCAUAUAUUCAUGGUUUCAACAUUUUGGUGGCAAACUUAUAGAAAGAUCUCAGAAAUGAAUACGCACGAAUCGGAUCCAUUUGAACCAAAAAGACCUCGACUUCAGUUGGCAAUAAAAGAAGAAGAUGGAUUUGAGACCAAAGAGAAUAACAGUCAAGAUGAAGAAUAUUUUAGAAGUUAUGCUGAUAUAUCGAUACACGAAGAGAUGUUAAGUGACGUUGUUCGUACAAAUGCCUACAGAUAUGCUAUACUGAAGAAUUAUGAGAAGAUAAGAGGAAAGACUGUGGCAGAUAUUGGUGCAGGGACAGGUAUUCUCAGCGUGUUUUGUGUACAUGCUGGUGCUAAAAAAGUAUUUGCAAUAGAAGCAAGCAGCAUGGCAGAGCAGACAGAAUCAUUAGUAGAAGAAAAUAAGUUAUCCAACAGAAUAACAGUCAUCAACAAAAAAACAGAGGAUGUGGCCUUUCCAGAAAAGUUAGAUGCUAUUGUCAGUGAAUGGAUGGGUUACUGCUUGUUAUAUGAGUCUAUGUUGCAGUCAGUUAUUGAUACCAGAGAUAAAUGGUUGAAAAAGGAAGGAUUGAUGUUUCCAGCUACUGCAACACUAUACAUAGCUGCAUAUAAUGAUGAUGAAUAUGACGCAAGGUUAAAUAUAUGGAAUGAGUUUAAAUCAAUGUACAAGGUUUCAAUGGAGUCCAUGAAAAAAUGUGCAAAGAAAUGUAUAUCAAGGAAUGUAAGUGUAAGAUGUGUACCACCUAUGAGUAUUAUGUCCCAUGGUCAAACAGUUUGUUCUAUAGAUCUGAAAACAGUAACACUCCAAGAAUUACAUAAUAUCAAAAAACAAUUUAAACUAGAAUGUUUUGGACAAUCAACAAUACAUGGAUUCAUCACAUGGUUUACAGUAACAUUUCCAGGGGACAUAACUCUGUCAACGUCACCAUAUUCAGAGGAUACACAUUGGGGUCAGACAAUAUUUUACCUAGAAGAACCAUUUGAUGUUGACCAAGGAACUCUUAUCACUGGAGAAUUUUCUCUUUGUCCGAAUAAUUAUAAAUCCAGGUUUUUAGAUAUCAACAUAAAUUACAGGGUUAAUAAUGGACCAGAAACUAAGAAGUAUUAUUUUAUGAAUGAUUGUAUUACAUGAUAAAUUUUUGAACUUUU